UUGAACGGGGUGUGUUGAACAAAUCUAAAACGACAGAGUAUUUCAAUGUUCGAAAACAUUGGCCUAGACUAAUCAGGCCUAAUACUAAAAAUUAAAUGGUUUUUUGUUGUUGUUCUUUAUUCAGUUUGUAUAUAUUAAAUUUUUGAUGAAAAUUGUUUCAUAUAAUAUUAUAUAUCUUAUAAGUAAAAAAAUAUGUCAGUUAGUGAUCCACUGUUGAAAGAACUCAAAGGGCAUGUUUUUGAACUUCGAAGAUUGUCUGAAGUGGCUGAGGUGAGGGAUCAUAACCCUACUGUACUUCCUUUUUGCUCAACUGUAGAAAAAAUUCUUAGAAAAGGACUUUCAGCAUCACCUCGAACUGCAUUUGGACCAACUACUAAGGAUUACUGGUAUUGGCUAGAGAUACUUCUUGUUCGUAGAACACUUAACAAACUGCCAGUUCCAGUAUGUGAUGCAAUUGAACUAGUGAAGUGCUGUAAAAAGGUACAGACUAACCAGGGACGAGGCCGUUUGUUUCUUAGAAUCGCUUUGAUGAAGAAGUUUCUCUCAGUUACUAUUGAGCACCUUUGUCAGGAAAAAUCUCUAGUUCAGUCCUUUUAUGGACCUACUACAUCUAUAUUAGGAAAUGAAAUUUUGGCAGAAAUUUUCCAGUCCCUCCUGCAUGAGAUAUCACAAAUAAAAUUUCGGCUAAACUUGAAGAAUGCAAGCUUUUUGGAUGAAACUUGGUUGCUUGGGAUCUACAAGAUGUAUGAGUUUGUUCCUUGUAAAGACUUGGGUGUAAGUUUGGGAUUUGUUAAAGGUCGAGCCAUUGCUGUGGACAUAAGAGAAGGUAGUGUAGGUGCUGAAGAUGAUCAGAUAGAAGUUGGUGAUGUGUUGGAUGAAUUAUAUGGAGAACCACUUUUUGGUUGUCGAAAGGGACUUGUUUCAUCUCUUAUGGAAAGAUUUCAAGGUCUUCCUGUAUAUGCUUGUGUUAUCAAGUGCAGUUACUUCAAUUGGAGUCUCUAUCCACCGUUGCGGGAACUUCUGAUGGAACUUAAAGUGGAUGUUCGAAAUCUAGAGAGCCGGUUUCAGAGAAAGGCAGAAGAAUCUGAAAGUACAGAGAAGUUAAAAAUUGGAAGGAAACUUCCACCUCAUGCAUUGGUGCCAGGAUUCAUGGAUCUGGAUGAAGUUCCAGUGAAUUCCCCUGGUGAAAGUGCAGGGUUUAAAGCAGUAUAUCUUGGUGUGGCCUAUGUUGGAAAUACAGGGAAAAUUGAAAAAGUAGAAGAAGGAAUCAAAAAAGUACUCAUUACAUUCAGCAUGAAGAAGAAUGUUUUAAUCGAUGUUGGUGAGACAAAAGUUACUGUCUGUGAGAGACAUUCAAGACAUGUUCUAAUAUCAAAACAUUUCACAGAGAUAUCAGCCUGUGGUCGGAGAACUGACAUUCCAGAAUACUUUGCUUUCAUUGCUGGAGAAACUACGUGUACUGUAGCCAAAGAAUUUCAUUGUUAUGUUUUUGAGUCUGAAAACUAUGAAACGUCAAAAACAAUUUUAUGCAGCAUAGCUCAAGGAUUUGGAAGAACCCACUGGGUGGUAUGAAGAUAUUUUAAGGAACAUAUAUUCAAAAAAUCAUAUUGAAAGAUUUUUCUGUUAGUGAACAAAAAGUUAUGCCUAACAGAUAUGGGCUUAUGAAACUUUUUUAAAAUUUGAAGAGAUAUUUCUAUUUAUCAUAUUAUCUAUAGGACAAGUUUUUAUGUCUUCCAAGAAAACUGCUCUAAUUAUUCAGGUUCAGUGAAUUAAGUUGUGAAAAAAAGAAGAAUUAUUGUUUUACACAGCACAGCAAUUCAUUCUUAAAGGAGAUUGUUAUAAAACAGUUACUAAAAAAAGCCGCAUCAUUGAUUAGUAUGUAAUGUCCUGAUUUCAAGUCAAGAAUUUCUUUUUAGCAUAUUCUAAAAGAAGAUUCAAAGUAAUGAAAGUUGACUCAGGUAACAGAAAUAUCAGUAUUUUAUGUACUAAAAGAAUACUUAAUAUGACUAGAUUUUUAUGCUAUACACAUAAAGACAUGAAAUAUCAUUUAUAGAUACUGUAUGGAAGUAUCUAUUUAUAAAAUUCAAACAGAUGCCAAAUUGUUUAUUUUGUGAAUUUUAAAAUGUGUGUGUAUAUACUUUUGACAUAAUAUGUGGGUGCUGCCAGAUUUUGGCAUAACUUAUCUAAAUGUAUUGAAAAUACUUAGCUGUAUUAUUUUUUCUGGUUAGCAUUAGUAACUGAUAAAAGAUGUAUAAGAGUACUUUAUGCAUGAUAUUUUGUUAUGAAUACUACACUCAUUUGUAAUUAAUUAAUGCAUUUUUCAUGUGAUCUCCAGGUACUGUUAACUAUUUUCAAUUGAAUAGAAUUCUGUCAUAUAUUUAUGCUUUUCUACAGUUUUAAAGUGAACCAUUAAUCUGUUCAAGUUAAUUUAUAUUGGUCCAACUUCUGUUGUAUCCCUAGUUUAUUUCCCAUUUACCUCUGUCCAGAUCAUACUAAAUAUAUUUAUCUAGUUCAUACCAAGUUUAUCGUGCUUUUCUUUUGGUCAUAUUAAAUGUAUGUUCUAUUUUGUUACUUAGUCAAUAUGAAUUUACCUUUGUUUUUGUUAUCUGGUCCAUGAUAAAAUUGUCUUAUUUGGUGUGUUUCUAGUCAACAUCAUAUUUCUAAUGAAAGCAGAACAUGUCUCUCUCUCUCUCUCUUAUAUAUAUAUAUAUAUAUAUAUAUAGUGUGUGUGUGUGUGUGUGUACAGGAACACCACAUAUAUACAUACAAAACAAGUUUUUAAGUAGGUCAUAUAUCUGGAUCUUGGUUACAUGAAAGUAAUAUAAAUAAAAGCAACCUAGGCAGGCCCACUUGAAAAUUAUUGCCAAUUUUGUACAGUUGUUAAGUAACAGUUCUCUGAAAUGAAUACUACAUAUAUAACAAAUGUGUCUCUGUAGCACACAUCUUGUUUUUAAUAAAGCCAACAUAAUAUGGUGAUAGAUAACUACUAAAUACUGGUUCCAAAAAUUGCAUUUUCAUUACAUACAAAAUUGUUUUUAUUAUUAUUAUUAAAAAUCUUACUUGACUAAAUAAUGACACGUUUUGUGCACCUUUUUAAUAUAGUUUUAGUAACUACAACUUGAUGUGAUAUACAACAUGUUCUAGUGCUCUAAAAAUAUUUCAUAUUAAUUAGAGAAAAGCGAUCCAUAUGACCGGUGUUCGGGUUUUUUGGUGCUGGUAUGAAUUUGAAUUUUUUCAAAAAUUUUGGGUUAGAGAGAAGUUUAUAGCGUGAUAUAUUUUCCUGUGACUUUAAAAACAUUAAUAAUUAACCAUUACAUUAACGAGCCUUUGAACAGAUGUAAUAAAAACGAGGAGAAACUUUUCAGCUUUGCACCAGUGGUGCUUAUGUAUUAUAUUUCUUAUAAUGUAUUUUAUAGUCUUUUUCUUUGUAUUGAAAUGAAGUAUUUAGGUUUCUUUUAUAAACCAACCUUAAAAGAUUUUAAACCUUAUAAGGGCAUUACAUAAGAUUAGCACAUUUUAAUGUUUCCAUUUGUAACUUCAUCACUCUGAAUAUUUUCUUAGUAACAAAUAGAAAUUAUUUAAUACUUAUCUUAAAAGAAAAUAUAUAUAUAUAUAUGUUAUAAGAUACUUAUAGUUUGUUGACUUUUAAAAAACCAAAACAUUUUAAUUUAAUAAACUAAAGUCAUGAAUGCUUUGUGUGAAUGCACUAUAGGUUGGCAGAAUAAGGACUGCUGUUCAGAAUUUAAAAAAUAACUUAUACUUUGUUAUAUUUCUAUCUUAGUCAUUUGACUGUCAAAUUACUAUUACUGUUAUAAUUUCAGAGAUCUUCUUGCUUUUAAGAUGUGUAAUUUUUACUUCAAUAAAUGCUAUAUACAUAGUUAUUUUUAGAAUAUGUUUUACUACUGUAAGUUAUAUUAGGAUAUUAAAAUGAUUGCUAGUAUUUACAUUCCGGAACAUGCUGGCACAGUGAAUAAAAUCAGUAUUUUUCUACUUUAGGUUCUUUCUCUUUCUAUACUUAUGUGAGAUGUGUUAUUUUAUAGUUAGGAUGUCAUUCAUAAGACCAUAUUUAUUAUUCAAUAUAUUUUAUGAUAGCCAUUCUACAAAACAAAACAUGACCAGUUUUACUUGACUAUUUUUCAGCAUUCCAGACAAUAGAAUUAAUGAAACAUUUAUCAGCAGGUGUUAGGAUCUUUUGGUAUAUUUGCAAUUAAAAUAUAUUGAAACAUGUGUUGCAGGUGUUAGGACCUGUUGUUAUAGUUAUAGAUAAACUGUAUCCAAACAUUUUUCAACAGUUGUUAGGAUCUCUUGGUAUAACAGUGGCUCAGCAGUAAGUCUUAAGGUUUAUAACGCUAAAUACUGAGUUUCAGUACCCGUGAUGGGCACAGCACAAAUAGCCCAUUCUGUAGCUUUAUGAUUAUCAGCAAACAAACAAGUUCUUGGUAUACAUGUAGGUAAAAUAUCAAACAUUUGUCAGCAGAUAUUAGGUUCUAUUGGUUUAGUUGCAGGUAAAGUAUAUUAAAACAAUUUUCAUCAGAUGUUAGGAUCUGUUUUUGUAGUUGCUUGUAAAAUAUAUUCCACCAUUUUCUAGCAGACAUUAUGAGCUAUUGGUAUACAUGCAGACAAGAUAUAUCCACACAUUUGUCAGCAGAUAUUAGGUUCUAUUGGUAUAGUUGCAGAUAAAAUAUAUUGAAACAAUUUUCAUCAGAUGUUAGGAUCUGUUUUUGUAGUUGCUUGUAAAAUAUAUUCCACCAUAUUAUAGCAGACAUUAUGAGCUAUUGGUAUA